UUAGAAAACAAAAUCAGACCGCUUCUGACGUGCUUCCCUUCAACUUCAAGGAGGCUCUUUCAGUUCGACCGUUUCAAUAUCAUCCAAUAAAGUCUUUGAUUCAUCCCCUUCUUUUAACAGGCACAGAAGACGCGGUGUUUGAUCUAUACUUCUCUGCCCUGUUUUGGUCAUAAAGAAAAGUCUCGCGCUCCGAGAGACAACCAUAGUCUCUUUCGGUAUGUACACACCGCCUUCUCGGCGCAGUACCUGAUUCCCCUGCUGUUGCAUCUGUUUCACAGAAAGACUUGGGUUUCUCCUAUAGUAGCAACCCAGGUGGCACGGUUCAUUGAUCCUGGGGCUUGGAGCCGGGUUCCUCACCGGUGAAGAUGUUCUCGUUCAAGUCCAGCUUCAAGUCAUCUUCCAGUGGUAAAGAAGUUUCCAAAUCACGCAUCCCUGAGGCAUCAGAUAUGCAAGAGGAAUUGGGCAAGUUGCAGGAAGAGCUGGUAAAGGAGAAACAGGAGAAAGUGCGUUCCUUGGAUGAGAUGGAAGAGGUCAAGAAAAGCAACAAGAAGAAGAACAAGUUAAAAGGCAACGGAGACGAUCAACUAGACCUUGCACACAGGUUAGAGCAGUUGGAAGUUGAAUUGGAGGCAGCAAAGGAUUCAGAGAAGCAAAUGCUAGUGUCGCUGGAGGCCCAAACAAAACAGCUUGAACAAACCAAGGUAUCUCUGGAGGAGGCCAAGCUUCAGAUAGCUUCGCUUCAAGAUAAUAACAAGAGCCUGGAGGCCUUCACUGCACUGUCCUCUAAUCCAAGUAUGCAGCCGGCCAAGAAUUUCAGAAGAAGGGGUGUAAUGUCCUUCUCCUUUGCUGAUCCUGGUGAGGUGGAGAUGUUCUCAUUACAGCGUCAGCUCAAGUUGGCCGUCGAAGCUGAGGAGAAGUGCAAGAAAGCCAUGGAUGACUUGGCGAUAGCCUUGAAGGAACAAACUACGGUGGCUAGAGAGACAAAAUCGGAGCUCUCACUGGUGCAAGCUGAGUUGAAAAGUGCAAGAACUGAAGUGGAGAACUCAAAGGCCUCUCUGGAAAGCCUGGAGGAAAAGCUCUGGUUGGCACAGGAAGAGGCAGGGAGACUGAAGUUUGAGUCAGAUGAGUUGGCAACAGCAUCGAAAGAGAAAGAGAGGGGACUCCUCGAUUGCAUCAAGAUAUUUGAGGGGGAGGUGAACAAAGCAAAGGAAGAGAAUGACAAAUUGUUUGAAUCACAAAAGGUGAUCAGAGUUGAGAACUCCAGGUUGAGGGAAAUGCUGAAGCAUGCGGUUAAUGAAGCCAAUGUGGCAAGAGAAUCCUUGGAGAUUGCCAGGGUAGAGAACUCUCAGCUUCACGAAGACAUGUCUGAGAAAGACAGUGCCUUAAAGAGCAUUGUGCAAGAAUACGAGUCCUUGAAGGUCAGUGAGGCUGCUGCGCAGAGUAGCAUUAAAGAAUUGAAGGAUAUGAUUGAUGCUAUGUUCAGUUCAGAGUCGACCAGAACCUCAGCAGAAGCAUCACCCAGAGAUCCCGUGGGAGGAGGCGAGAGGAAAGGAAGGUAUGUGGGAGCAGAUGAUAUGUACUCUGAUGUUGAAAGAUCUCCUCAUCAGAAGGAUAUUAGGAGCCCUGCAAGGCAGAACAAGAGGACAAUUCUUAGGAAAUUUGGUGACAUAAUGAAGAAAAGAAACCCUCAAAGUGUAGUCUAGCAUCCUUAGGCACUAAGCAGUUACUAAAUACAAGUAUACAACUCACAUUUUGCUUCCCUUGAACAAAAGAUAUUGUAAUGCUCGACAAAAUGAGAUGCUCCAAGUGGAAAGUAAACCCUUUUUCCAUUCAGUUUUACAUAUGUAAACUACAAAGAAUGUAACAUACAUGUAAGGCAUACAGAUAGUGAGAAUAUGAAAACUGGCACUUUCUAGGGGUGCUUGACAUA